GCUCUGGUUUUCUUUUCCUUUUCAUGGGUUCCAUGAAGCACGGAGGUUGGGAGGGAGGAGGUGUGGGGGGAGGGAAACAAUAUUGUCCAUGUCAAUAUGGAAGCACUUCAGGUGGGGUGGGGACACUUUACUCCCUGAUUCCACUCUCGACCAAUCCAAAGAUAUUUAAUCAUGCCGGGAAUAUUUUAGAGAUUUAUUUGUUUAGUCAGGAUGCCUUCCAUAUAUUCUAAUGUUUUUGUUAUUUUGGUUGACACACCGAUGCUGUGUGAGAUAUUUUGUUUAAAUGGAGACCAUGCUUUUGUGUAUUAGCUAAAUAAAUGCUGCUGUUAUGCGUCAAAUGUUUCUUUUUAAAAGGUUUUUUACUUUUAUGCUUUUUAGGGUGGCAGUUGCCACCCCAUGCCACCCCAGUAGAUCCGCCCCUGGGUGGCUAUUUGAUGACCGUCUCAGUGAUUUCACUUACAAUGAAAGCUAUUGGCAAAUGGUUAUCACAAUGAAAACACAUUGAAGUUGCUUUCUAAGGGCUGGAAUGGACUUGUUGCUAACAACGCAUCCGCCUACAGAUCAGGGAUGCCAUACGCAUUCUGCGAUCGUUUGGUGCGUUGAUCGUCCAUGUCGUCGCAAGGUAACACGACGAGUCUCCACCCCACAUUUCUAGAUCUCAAACUACAGAGCAGCUGAGCGGCCGUGAAGCAGGAGCCAUGGCAGACACUCGGAAGACAGUGGUCAAGGUGCUGAUCUGUGUGGAGAAGGUCACGUCCUUCGCCUCCUCCGUCGACCCCAUCUGCGGCAUGAUCUACCCCCUGGUGAGGUUUCUGCGCAAGGGCCUCCAGGAGGACGAGGAGGCCCACGCCCUGGAAAAGGACUUCCAGGCACUGCACUGCAAGAUUGGGAGCAUCUCGGCCAAGAACGGGCAGUGCCUGCCGCAGAUCCGGAUGGACGAGGUCUACGAAACCUACGGCAAGCACGAGGGGUUCAUCAAGCACCAGUACAAGGCCUUCGGCGAGAUGGUGACCGGGGUGAAGAAGAACCCGGACGCCGCCGACCACCACAUGAGCACCUUCAAAGGGGUCUAUGAGCAUUUCAAGGCAGACCUGGGCCUGGACAUCUACUACCGUGGUGUGAUGGGGGAAGGCUCCGUGUUCGGCCGGCCCCUCCUGCUGGUGUACUUGGAGCACUGCGGACACGACCGCACCGUGAUGGAGCACCGCUGCUCCGACCUGCGCCUCCUCUUCCACAUGGGCCUCAUCGCGCUCAUGGCCUACACGGCGGUGACGGAGGACGACGAGGAGUAUGUGGCCCAGAAGUGGAAAAAGAGGAUGGCGGAGAUCCAGAGCAAGAUGGAGGAGGUGCUGAGUCAAUGCAAGGAGGAGAGCCCGCCCUAGGUUCUGGGAGGGGAGAUGGGAGAUUGGUGGUAUGGAGGGUGGCGAGAUUGGGAGGGAGGAUGGGUGGUGGAGGGAAACAAUAUUGUCCAUGUCAAUAUGGAAGCACUUCAGGUGGGGUGGGGUCACUUUACUCCCUGAAUCCACUCUCGACCAAUUCAAAGAUAUUUAAUCAUGCCGGGAAUAUUUAAGAGAUUUAUUUGAAUCGUCAGGAUGCCUGCCAUAUAUUCUAAUGUUUUUAUUAUUUUGGUUGACACAUCGAUGCUGUGUGGGAUAUUUUGUUUAAAUGGAGACCAUGCUUUUGUGUAUUAGCUGCCUAAAUAAAUGCUGCUGUUAUGCAUCAAAUGUU